AUGCCUGCGCCGGGACCACCAAGGACCGUAACUCCCCUUUCGAUAGGUGGAUCAAUCCGAAACUUCGAUGCCUGGUCUAGUAACCGCCUCCAAACCCUCCCAAUAUCCGUCCUCAAAGAUGCAGUCGUCGGAAUCGACGCUGGAAACUAUUUAAAGAAGAUAAUUGAUGGCCCCGGCACGAAAGAACCCCUCGUUCCGGCCCUCGGCGGGUUUCCAUUCAGUCUUAAAAACAAAAUCGAAGAUGACCUCUCACAAUGGCACCAGGCCGGUAUCAAACCAUUAUUUGUUUUCAGUGGCAUCCAAUUCCUCAGAACCGACAAGGCAUCGUCGACAUCCGAGGUAGCUGCUAAGAACCGCAGCGUGGCCUGGCAGCUUUAUGAUAUUGGACACGCGACUCAGGCCGUUGAGGCGUUUGGCGACUCUGGUUCUCUACAACCCGUCGAGGUAUAUAGGUUCCUAAGGCAGAUCCUCGUCGAGAAUAAUGUAGAAUUCCAGGUCGCGCCUUAUGCUGCUUGGGCGCAACUUGUGUAUCUCGAACGCCACCCAAAGCAAUUCAUCGAUGCCAUCUUCGGCCCUGCUGAAGUAUUCUUCUACGAUGUCGAUAAGGUCAUCACGGGAUUUAGCUUCGCGCGUAACUCAUUUUCGUGUCUCAACAAAAAGGCCAUCAUGCAGGACCUAGGAGGACUCAAUCACGAACAAUUCAUCGAUGCCUGCAUCCUCUCCGGGUUCGAUUUCUGUCCCACACUACCCAUCCUCGAGAAGCAAAACUCGUCUUUGUUCAAGACUUGCCUGGAUUUCCUUAAGACAUGCCGCAGCGCCACUGGUAUAGUAAACCAGUACAGCGAAUCGCCGGCGAUCAAGGACUCCGGUUACCUCGACAAAUAUAGACGAGCAAGGCUAGCUAUCAAGCACCAACCCAUUCUUACUGAUGAAGGUUACAUUGAGCCGAUGAGCAUUGAUGAUGCUCCAGGUGAUAUGCAUGAAUUCAUGGGCAACCGCCUCCCAGAAGAAGUUUACUUCUACCUCUCCCGUGGCGUUAUUGGGUCUUCCGUCCUCGAUAUGAUCGUUAGCGGCGAGCUGCAUGAGCUCCCACCUCUCGAUGCCGGAGAAAAUGAGUCCUACAGAGUAUUUCUAGAAGGCCUACAAACCGUGCGCGCCCAAUCCCUCGCCCUCCUUUCCCAACCCCUCCAACACUGGUGGAACAGCAGAAAGAUCUCUGUUAUCUACUGGUACGACAAGCCGAAUCCCCGACUAGUACAAUACAAGGACCUCAGCGCCGGCCUUUACGAAUCUACUAGCUCGUGGAAUGUUAAGGAAAGCGUCUUUGCAUCUGCAUUGGCCGCAAACCCCGGAAAUUCGUUGCUAGGAUUCGCUAUUACAGGCUUGAGUAAUAGAGAUCUGGCUGCGAAAACAUACACCACAAAGUCAAACGAGAAUCUUCUAAAGACAACCAAUGAGGUGAUUCUGAAUGUAUUCUGGAGGACCCUUCGUCUUCGUGAAUUUAUCGACAAGGAUCACCUCCUUACUCCAUGGGGUAAAGUACUUUCGGCAGCGCUGGGUACCCUUGAUCACAACGACGAGCUUGAAGAAGCUUGCUACCUUGGUAUCGAGUUACUCAAAGCCAAGAUGCUCCGCGCAGAUCCGAAUACACUUAACCAAUACUCCGGCCGUGACGCGGAUAGGCGAUAUUGCAGCUUGAUCUCCCGCGUCGCCUCCCUUGGAAAACUGAGGCACAACAGCAUCGGGUACACCGGCCCAUUGAGCAGAACCCUCCUAACCUAUAACUCAAUAAUCAGACUGAUGUCCAAGAACCUCGAGAACUUGAUGCAAAUGGUUCUAACGUCACUAUUGAUGAACGGGGACGCUGAUAGGAAUGAUAGAAGCGAUUGGAAGCAGAUCGGGCUGGCUAUCCCAUUUGUGGAGGAUGUUAAUGCUGGACUGGGGAUUGCAGUUAAGACUUACCUGGACGAAUUGACGAAUACGGAAGAUCCGACGAGUUACGAGACACGAUUGAAGAUCCAGAAGGAACAAUUGAUUCCACAGAUGUUCGUACAAAGUGUGGAUGUCAUGGAGGAUGUUGGUAAGGCGUUUAGGUUGUGGGAUGCUAUUAUGUCGGGCAUUAAGGCUGCACCUGAGGGUUUGAUUCAGGACGCUCCGAAGUUUGCAGAGGCGGACGCUUGGUUGAAGGCUAGACGGCCUGUAUCGUGA